AUAUGGAAAGGCCUAGGUCUUCCAGCAACCUGCCCUGGCCGAACCACGAAGACUUAAGAGGGGCCUCAGCGCCUUAUCCAUCUGUUCUGGAAACGCUGGUCGCCCCCCUGGCGCCUCUGGGGCUGGCGGGUGCGAAGCUCCAGAAAGUGCACAGAGAUGGGGAGCUUUGUGGUGGUAGUUGUACAGAACCUGCCAGACCUCAGGGCUGAGCCCCGGAGGCAACCCCGGCGGCUGGGGCCCUGGUGUGCAAACUCCCCGGCCGCAGGCUCUGUCGGGUGGGUCCCGGCCCGGGCGCGCAGUGCAGAGCGUUUGCCGUUGUGGCCUGGCUGACGGCCCCGAGGGGCGCGGGGUCGCAGGCCGGCCCGCAGGGCUUUGUGCCGCCAGUUCCCGUGAGUGCUCGAGGCGCGGAGCAUCCAAAUUGACACCAUAUGUUUUCCUAUUAGAGGCUUCGCGGUCGAAUUCUAGGCGCAUAAUCAUCGCCACUGGGCGAGAACGCCAGCCGUCCCUAGGGAAGGGACACAAUGAGGCUUAACCUCUGAAGGGGAAUUUAGAGCUGCGUCUCCUCGCUGCCAUUUCGAUGCUGGCAGAAGGCUCCCUGGCCCUAGCGACUCCUGGGCGAGCACCCGCCAGCCUUAGCUGGGGAGGUGACGGGCGUGGUGUUAUUAGGAGCAGGAGAGAGGUUUAGGUUUAGGCGGCCUCACACGCCUUGGCAUUCGUAGACUGGGAAUUGCCCUGACUGUGUGUGAAGUUUGGAAAGUGCCUCUCGGUCUCUCUCUGGGACAGCCUUUCUUUUUCUGGGAAGGCUCUUUUUUGCCCAGAGAUGAAAUUCCGCAGCCAGAGCGCUAGAUGGAACUUAGGAGGCUAAGGAAGGCAAUAAAGGGAAUUUGGGAGAAACCGGAAGCGCGGGCCAGGCCUUGCUCUGCUGGAGAAGUGGUGUCCCCGCAAUGUCCCCGCUUGCGCUGGGCCCGGCCACAGCCCAGAUCCCCCAAACGCCUGUCACUUCUCAUCGAGUUGAGGCUCUGCCCCCUCCUCGGGGACCCCCCCACCUCCAAGCCUUCGGCUACCCUGAAAACGCGGCUCCCCUAGAAGGGGAAACGAGUGCAGUUCCAUCUCGUCUGAGUGAUCUACAAAUAGGGACGGAAAGGGUCGUUUUAUCACAGUCCCGUUUGUCGUGACGAUGCAAUUUCCCGGAGCGGAGCACUGUCACAAAGUGACAAGGCUGCCACAAGCGCCCCGACUGAUCUUUUCAAUUAGCCUUCCAUGCAUGAUCCGGAGCGACUUCCGCCUAUUUCCAGAAAUUAAGCUCAAACUUGACGUGCAGCUAGUUUUAUUUUAAAGACAAAUGUCAGAGAGGCUCAUCAUAUUUUCCCCCCUCUUCUAUAUUUGGAGCUUAUUUAUUGCUAAGAAGCUCAGGUUCCUGGAGUCAAUUUAUUAGGAGGCUCCAAGGAGAAGAGAGGAAAGGAGUGAACUGCCGAGCAGGGAGCCACGUCUUCUCCGGGGAGGGCUGCUCUCAAGAGUCGGGGCUGCAGGUUGGAGAUUUUUAAGGAAGUAGAAAUUGGCGACUGGCUUUAUUUGCGUGCCUGUGGUUUUCGGGGAGGGGGCUGCAGAGAGAUGUUAACUCCCUCUCCCUAUUCUCUAAGAUCGGACAAUGGGAUGAGGUUAUGAGAUGCCAAGAUAAAGGAGGGAUGAGGGACACUAUAAUGUGCUCUUUUGUUUUUCUUUUCUACUUUUUAUUUUUGCUAAUAUCUGUCCUUGGUUGAGGGGAGGGCGGAGUUCAGUGGCGGAAGUAAAGCGAGCGGUGACCGGCGCGGACAGACUCCGGCUCUCGGCCUCCCUGGCGGCAGCCGGACUCUUCUGUGGCUGAAGCCGAACCCGGGCCGACUCUUCAACUUCUACAGCGGAGGUCACAGCGGAGUGAAUCAGCUCGGUGGUGUCUUUGUCAACGGGCGGCCACUGCCGGACUCCACCCGGCAGAAGAUUGUAGAGCUCGCUCACAGCGGGGCCCGGCCGUGCGACAUUUCCCGAAUUCUGCAGGUGUCCAACGGAUGUGUGAGUAAAAUUCUGGGCAGGUAUUACGAGACUGGCUCCAUCAGACCCAGGGCAAUCGGUGGUAGUAAACCGAGAGUAGCGACUCCAGAAGUUGUAAGCAAAAUAGCCCAGUAUAAGCGGGAGUGCCCGUCCAUCUUUGCUUGGGAAAUCCGAGACAGAUUACUGUCCGAGGGGGUCUGUACCAACGAUAACAUACCAAGUGUGUCAUCAAUAAACAGAGUUCUUCGCAACCUGGCUAGCGAAAAGCAACAGAUGGGCGCAGACGGCAUGUAUGAUAAACUAAGGAUGUUGAAUGGACAGACCGGAAGCUGGGGCACCCGCCCGGGUUGGUAUCCGGGGACUUCGGUGCCAGGGCAACCUACGCAAGAUGGCUGCCAGCAACAGGAAGGAGGGGGAGAGAAUACCAACUCUAUCAGCUCCAACGGAGAAGAUUCAGAUGAGGCUCAAAUGCGACUUCAGCUGAAGCGGAAGCUGCAGAGAAAUAGAACAUCCUUUACCCAGGAGCAAAUUGAGGCCCUGGAGAAAGAGUUUGAGAGAACCCAUUAUCCAGAUGUGUUUGCCCGAGAAAGACUAGCAGCCAAAAUAGAUCUACCUGAAGCAAGAAUACAGGUAUGGUUUUCUAAUCGAAGGGCCAAAUGGAGAAGAGAAGAAAAACUGAGGAAUCAGAGAAGACAGGCCAGCAACACACCUAGUCAUAUUCCUAUCAGCAGUAGUUUCAGCACCAGUGUCUACCAACCAAUCCCACAACCCACCACACCUGUUUCCUCUUUCACAUCUGGCUCCAUGUUGGGCCGAACAGACACAGCCCUCACAAACACAUACAGUGCUCUGCCGCCCAUGCCCAGCUUCACCAUGGCGAAUAACCUGCCUAUGCAACCCCCAGUCCCCAGCCAGACCUCAUCGUACUCCUGCAUGCUGCCCACCAGCCCCUCGGUGAACGGGCGGAGUUAUGACACCUACACCCCACCACAUAUGCAGACACACAUGAACAGUCAGCCAAUGGGCACCUCGGGCACCACUUCAACAGGACUCAUUUCCCCUGGUGUGUCAGUUCCAGUUCAAGUUCCCGGAAGUGAACCUGAUAUGUCUCAGUAUUGGCCAAGAUUACAGUAAAAAAAGAAAAAAAAAAAGAAAAAAAAAAGAAAAAGAAAGGAAAUAUUGUGUUAACUCAGUCAGUGACUAUAUGGACACAACAGUUGGGCAUUCAGGAAGGAAAGAAAAUGGCUAUUAGAAGCACUUCAGUUCUACAACUUUGUCCUGUAUUGUACCACUGGGGAAUGGACUUGAAACAAGGACCUUUGUACAAAGAAGGCACAAUAUCAGUUGGAACAAAUCUUCAUUUUGGUAUCCAAACUUUUAUUCAUUUUGGUGUAUUAUUUGUAAAUGGGCAUUUGUAUGUUAUAAUGAAAAAAAGAACAACGUAGACUGGAUGGAUGUUUGAUCUAUGUUGGUCAUGAAGUUGUUUUUAAAAAAAGAAACCAUGAUCAAUGAGCUUUGCCACGAAUUUAAGAGUUUUAUCAAGAUAUAUCGAAUACUUCUACCCAUCUGUUCAUAGUUUAUGGACUGAUGUUCCAAGUUUGUAUCAUUCCUUUGCAUAUAAUUAAACCUGGAACAACAUGCACUAGAUUUAUGUAAGAAAUAUCUGUUGGUUUUCCAAAGGUUGUUAACAGAUGAAGUUUAUGUGCAAAAAGGGGUAAGAUAUAAAUUCAAGGAAGAAAAAAGUUGAUAGCUAAAAGGUAGAGUGUGUCUUCGAUAUAAUCCAAUUUGUUUUAUGUCAAAAUGUAAGUAUUUGUCUUCCCUAGAAAUCCUCAGAAUGAUUUCUAUAAUAAAGUUAAUUUCAUUUAUAUUUGACAAGAAUACUCUAUAGAUGUUUUAUACACAUUUUCAUGCAAUCAUACAUUUCUUUUUGGCCAGCAAAAGUUAAUUGUUCUUAGAUGUAGUUGUAUUACUGUUCACAGUCCAAUCAUUUUGUGCAUCUAGAAUUCAUUCCUAAUCAAUUAAAAGUGCUUGCAAGAGUUUUAAACUUAAGUGUUUUGAAGUUGUUCACAACUACAUAUCAAAAUUAACCAUUGUUGAUUGUAAAAACCAUGCCAAAGCCUUUGUAUUUCCUUUAUUAUACUAUUUUCUUUUUAACCUUA